CUUCCACACAAUUACGCGCUCGCGGUACAACAUGAUUCACGAAGAAACAAAGAUCGCAAUCGUCGGGGCUGGUCCUGCGGGGAUGGUAGCACUGAAGGAGUUCAGAGAUCUCGGCUUCGAAGUGACAGUCUUCGAAAAGAAAGACGAUGUCGGAGGAGUUUGGACGUGGAGCGAGGAUUUGGGCUCCACUACAGCGCUGAAAGAGACCAGACUGUGCAACAAUAAGUACUCGCUUACCUUGGGCGACUACCCAUACCCCGAAGACUUCCCAUGGACUGUGUCCGCCCCAGAACUUGGAGCACAUUUUCAUGCUUACGCCAAGCACUUCGAUCUUUACCGCAACAUCCGGUUUAAGAAGACUGUCACCAAACUCACAAGGGAUCACAGCAACAACACGUGGCAGCUGAAAUUUUCCGACGCGCCGUCCAUUCCACUUUCAUUCGACAAGAUCGUGUGGGCCACAGGAGGAUUUGUUCAGCCCAAAGGCCUCAUCCUACCCGGACAAGAUGAAUUUGAAGGCAGAAUCAUACACUCCUCCCAAGCCCGCGAUCUCUCCACCUUCAAAGACCAAAAGGUCAUUGUCCUGGGUAUUGGUAACACCGCCGCCGAUGUUGCGAAUGCCCUCGUUAAGCAUAACGCCGAUACGAUCUGGCUCUCUCACCGUCGCGGCGCGAAGAUCCUGAACCCCUCUGACCCGAAGACUGAUGUGCCGUCAGAUGUCAUGCUGACUACGAGUUUACUGCCCGUUACGUGGUUCCUGCAGAAGCAUUGCCCCUCUGUGUAUGGCUGGAUGAUGGACAGCGCUAUCGCUCAGAACUUCAAGGACUCUUGGGGCGAGAACCGGGACGAGUGGGGACUCGCACAAUCGCCCAGUCUGGGCGAUGGACAGCACGUAGUUGUCUGCAGCCAGGACCUUGUUCCCAAUAUAAAGUCCGGCAAGAUACGCUCCGUGCCCGGGAUCAAACGCAUCACUGGCCCAAACUCGGUGGAGUUCGACGACGGCUGCAUGGCUGAAGGAAUUGACGCCAUCAUCCUCUGCAUAGGUUAUGGCGAUGAUAUCGACAUCUUGAAAGACGCUAUCGAGUUCACCCCGACACAAAACGGCGGUCCAGAACUCCCGAACCUCUACAUGAACAUCUUCCCCCCGGCGUAUGCUUCUUCUUUCGCGCACAUAUCUCUCACACACCUGCUCGGACCCCAGAUCCCAGGCCGUGUCCUCGCUGCUAUGGCCAUCCCGCAGAUCUGGGCGAAUCGCUCCCCGCUCCCAUCUACGUCUACCAUGACUUCUUGGAUCUCCACGCAUCAAUCCUGGGUCCGGAGGCGCAUUGCCAAGGUCGGACCAAAUGGCAAUGGAUACCAGGAAGUGGACAACGGAGAGUGGAGCUACUUCUUGCAUGAGGCAGCGGGGACUGGGUUGUACGAGCACGUAGGGUGGGGAUGGCGGGCCUGGCGCUUGUGGUGGAACGACAGGGAGUUGUAUCGUGCGAUUAGCAACUUGCCGAUCUGCGCGUACAGCUUCAGAGUCUUUGAUACGGGCAAGAGAAAGCCGUGGGCAGGUGCGAGACAGGCUCUUGUAGAUGCAUAUAGAGAACUGGUGGAGUUGCAGACGAAUAGAGGCAAGAAGAAACAGUAAGUGCUAUUUAUUUAGAAAUACGAUUCACAUCCUCCUCUUUG